GAAAACCAAAGCAAAAGUCUUGUGACACAUCUCCUUUCUCGUUCUCUCCGCUGAGAAAUCGAAACUUUUCUGUUAAUGCUAACGACGAUGAUGGAGCCUCAAUUACUCGGUUGGCUCUCGCCUCUCGUGAUCUCUGUCGUUCUAGUGAUCUCAGUCUUCGCUUUCUACGGACUUCUCGUGAAGACGAGGCGGAACAGUAAUAAACUAGACUCUACAACUUCGAAGAUCCAUCACGAUCGCACAGUCACAUCAACCGUUGGAUCCCUGAAUGUUAACGGCAGAGAUACAGUCUCUGAUGUUAUCGUUGUUGGAGCCGGAGUCGCUGGUUCUGCUCUGGCCUACACUCUUGGAAAGGAUAAUCGUCGUGUUCAUGUGAUUGAAAGAGAUUUAUCAGAGCCGGAUCGUAUCGUUGGGGAGCUUUUACAACCCGGUGGCUAUCUCAAAUUACUUGAGUUGGGUAUUGAAGAUUGCGUGGAGGAAAUAGAUGCUCAGCGAGUGUAUGGUUAUGCACUUUUCAAGAACGGGAAACGCAUUCGCUUAGCUUACCCCUUGGAGAAGUUUCACACAGAUGUAUCUGGAAGGAGCUUCCACAAUGGACGCUUUAUUCAAAGAAUGCGUGAGAAAGCUGCUUCACUUCCUAAUGUUCAGUUAGAGCAAGGAACAGUUGUUUCUCUUCUAGAAGAGAAUGGAACAAUCAAAGGUGUUAGAUAUAAGAAUAAAGCAGGAGAGGAAUCAACAGCAUUUGCAGCUUUGACUAUAGUUUGUGACGGUUGCUUCUCAAACCUGCGUCGCUCUCUAUGCAAUCCUCAGGUCGAUGUACCAUCAUGUUUUGUGGGUUUGGUCCUAGAGAACUGCAACCUCCCAUACGCAAACCACGGACACGUCGUCUUAGCAGAUCCAUCACCAAUCUUGAUGUAUCCAAUCAGCAGCACAGAGGUCAGAUGUCUGGUCGACGUCCCUGGUCAGAAAGUGCCUUCUAUCGCAAACGGUGAAAUGGAAAACUAUUUGAAAACCGUUGUGGCUCCUCAGAUGCCUCAUGAGGUCUAUGACUCUUUCAUCGCCGCGGUUAACAAAGGAAACAUCAAGUCCAUGCCCAACAGAAGCAUGCCGGCUUCUCCUUACCCUACUCCAGGAGCUUUGUUGAUGGGAGACGCAUUCAACAUGCGUCAUCCGUUAACAGGUGGAGGCAUGACGGUUGCGUUAUCCGACAUUGUUGUCCUGCGUAAUCUCCUUAGACCGCUCCGUGACCUCAGUGACGGUUCUAGUCUCUGCAAAUAUCUUGAAUCUUUUUACACUCUACGGAAGCCAGUAGCGUCAACGAUCAACACCCUUGCGAAUGCGCUUUACAAAGUGUUCUGUUCGUCGAAAGAUGAAGCGAGAAACGAGAUGAGGGAAGCCUGCUUCGAUUAUCUGAGCCUUGGAGGCAUGUGCACGAGCGGACCAGUGUCUUUGCUUUCGGGUUUGAACCCUCGACCGUUGACUCUUGUCUGCCAUUUCUUUGCGGUUGCGGUUUAUGGAGUCAUACGGUUGUUGAUCCCGUUCCCUUCUCCAAAACGCAUGUGGCUUGGAGCCAAAUUGAUCUCGGGAGCAUCGGGGAUAAUAUUUCCGAUAAUAAAAGCGGAAGGAGUUAGGCAGAUGUUUUUCCCAGCGACUGUGCCUGCAUACUACAGAGCUCCUCCGGUUAAAGGAGAAACCAAAUGUUCAUAGCUCCAGUUUGAUUCUCUAUCACAAGAAAUGACGUCCAAAAGAAAAUGAAAAAGGCACUAAAGAGAUGAACUUUGUGGCGAGUUUUGUUGUGUCUGUGUGUUUUUAAACGUAUGAAUGAUUGAUUAUUUCUGUUUUAUAGGUUGCGACGGUUGUAUCUUACUAAUGGAAUAUCAUUCUUUUUCGUA